AUGGUAUUUCUACUAAAACCAGGAUUGAAGGUACUUGGUGGUAGCUCCCUCAGAUCCGGCCUGCUAGGGUGCUCUAGAACUAAUGCUAGAUGUAUAUCAUUGAAACCCGACUUUUCUAAAUUGAAAUUGAAUCCACCACCUCCAGGUGGUGUUGAAGGUACCGUAAAUGAUGCAUUCAAACCACCAGUUCAAGAUCCCAGCGAAGGUUCAUUUCAUUGGGACUAUGAGCGAAUCGCAGCAGUCUCUUUGCUGCCUCUAGUUACAGUACCGCUGUACAUCGGUAUAACAGGCGGCAUAGUUCCACCAAUAUUGGAUGCUUCAUUGUGUUCUAUUCUAUUAAUCCAUGUGCAAUACGGCUUAACCAGUUGUAUUAUUGAUUAUAUACCAAUGAGAAAAUUUAGAAUAUGGCAUAAUUUGGCAAUGUACCUUCUGUAUGGUGGAACUGCUGUGGGACUUUAUGGAGUAUAUCAAUUGGAGACUGAAAACAAUGGGAUUGUUGAUCUUAUUAGAAGACUUUGGACUGGUGAUGAUUCGAACGUUUACAUUUUUAACAGGUGA